AUGUCUCAAAAUUUUGAGAAGUCGGUGAAGGGAGCCACCAAGAUAAAGCUUGCGGCCCCCAAAUCCAAAUACAUUGAACAUAUUCUUGUUGCGACACAUACAGGCGAGGCAGGUGUUGCAGAGAUUUUUCGGACGCUGCAGCUUCGACUUCGCGACUCAACAUGGACCAUUGUUUUCAAAGCUCUUAUUGUUGUCCACUUAAUGAUAAGGGAAGGACAGCUGGACGCUACAUUGCAGUAUAUGGCAGAGAACCCCAGAAGACUUGCGAUCAGUGGAUUCUCAGAAGUACAAUCGCAAGGCCAUAAUAUUCGAAGAUAUUCCGAUUAUCUGAUCGCGCGUGCGCGUGCCUUCGAGGAUACAAAGACCGACUAUGUGCGAAGCGGACAAGGUCGAAUGAAGAGACUGACAGUAGAAAAGGGACUUCUGAGGGAGACGGAAAUAGUUCAACAUCAGAUCCAUGCACUGCUCAAAUGUGACCUUCUCACUGACGACGUCGAGAACGAAAUAUCGUUGACCGCAUUUCGCUUACUGGUUUUGGAUCUUCUGACAUUGUAUUCAGUGAUGAAUGAAGGAACAAUAAACGUUCUUGAGCAUUAUUUUGAAAUGUCGCGACCCGACAGCGAACGUGCAUUGGAAAUAUACAAGACAUUUACUGCCCAAACGGAAGAAGUUGUGAAGUUUCUGGGAGUUGCCAGGCAUUUCCAGGCUGCGACGCGAUUGGAGAUCCCCAAGCUCAAACAUGCUUCUACGGAUCUGACGCGACUUCUGGAGGACGAUCUCAAUGACCCGGAUUUCAACCUUCGCCGGCGCGAAUAUUUGGCACGAAAGCAAGGGAAGAGCGGCGGAACUCCUCCGCCUGUGAGUAAAACUGCGACAGGCGAUCGGGCCGUGAGCAACUCGAACACUAUGCCGGCCCGGCCUCAAACCCAGCCGAACCCACAGACACAGAAGUCAAACCAAUCGGACCUUAUCGACUUCUUUGAUUCAAUCGAGCAGAAUCAGCAGCCGAUGGCCCAGACCAAUCCGUUCCAGCAAGCGCAAUUACAGCAGCAACCACAGGCGAUGCAGUUCCAGCAAACCGGAUUUCCACCGCAGCAGCAGGCCUUCUACGCGCAACCGACGGGCUUCCAGCAGCCCCAACCCACUGGGUUUGACCAACAAGCGGCGUUUGGAAACCAAUUUGCGCCGCAGAAUAUCCAGCAGUUUGGCCAGCAGCAGCAGGCCCCCCAACCUCUUCAACCCAACCACACGGGGGCUGGAUUUGGUGGUUAUUCGGCGCAGCCCCAGACAUACGGGUUCCAGUCAAACCUCGCACCCAUCCCACAACAUGACAUGAGCGCAUUCUCCCAGCAGCAACAAAUGCCAAUGGCCCAGCAGCAAUUGCAGCCACAGUCAACCAACCCCUUCAGACAAUCAAUGUUAAUGAGCACGCCGACCGGAUCGGCCACGCCUGCCACCCCCCUUAACCGCCAAAAUACGAACCCCUUCGCACGACGUUUAUCAACAGUCAACCCUCAGGUCGAAACCGGUGUCCCUCAAGCCUUCCCGCAGGCGCAGCCGCAAGCGCCCCAACAGCCAGCGCCACUUCAAGCUCAGCGAACGGGAACCAAUCCGUUUGCCCGUGCGUCCUCUGUUCCCCCACCGCAGUCACAGGGCCUGCAACCUCCAGCUGCGGCUCCUCUGCGACCAAACCCUACAGGGAGCACGAAUCCUUUCCGUCAGAGCGCCUUUGUGAACCAGCAGACAGGUCAAGGGUGGCAUGUCGGUGGACAACAGGGCACAAUGGGAGGUUUGGAGCAACUGGACACUGUGCCAAUCUUCCCGCGCCCGGGGCUAUCAUAG